UAAAAGGCAGCUCGCAGGGCCGUCAAUGCAUGCCAUCGGCGAGCGGCGGAGUUGCCAUCCGAAUCCUGAAGAGCAACGGCAAAAGCGAGAGGAGACAUGGGCGUGGAGGCGGUCGACGGCUGGAUGAGCCUGUCGGACACGGUAUUCAGCUUCUUGGAGGAAGGCGCGGACGAGAGCUCUAACGGAGGCGGGGGCGGCGAUGACGCCUUCGAAUGCGAAAGCGGCGACGACGAGGGGGCUUGUGAGAAAACCGCCGCAGAGAAUGAGGCCUUUUGGGAAUCGCAGCAACAGCUUCUUUAUGAAGCUUUAUCUCAGAUCAGCUCUGCAGAGGUUAAAUUGCUGCAGCGAACAAAGGAUGCAGUAGGGAAGAUGCAAGAGAACGGCAUUGUGUGCUCUUGCUCCAGGACCAGAAUGGUAAAAGAAUGUCGGAAUUGCGCAUUAGCAUACAUUGCUAAAGAGCUUCAUGAGAUCGGAUACGACAGCGCUGUGUGCAAGUCCAAAUGGAAGAGAUCUCCCGAUAUUCCUCCAGGGGAGCACACGUACAUCGACGCGAAGAUGGAAACCAGGAGCGGCAAAAAGGGGCCCGUGAGGCUUGUCAUCGAGCUAAAUUUCCGGGCGGAGUUCGAGAUGGCACGAAGCAGCCAGGAAUACAGCCGCCUGGUGAUGUGCCUGCCGGAGAUCUUCGUCGGCAAGGCGGAGAAGCUCCGCAGCGUCGUGAAGAUCGUGUACGCCGCGGCGAAGAAGUGCAUGAAGGACAACAAGAUGCACAUGGCGCCGUGGAGAAAGCACAAGUACAUGCAGUCGAAAUGGCUGGGGACGUCGGAGAGGGUCCUGGUGCCGGCGAUGGAUUUCCUCGCCACCGCCGUACCCGAUCGGCAGCAGCCGGCCAAGCUCCGGACGUCCAUGCUGACGUUCUACCUUCAUGCGUCACACGGUGGCAGUGGAAGCGGUGUGAAUUGAGAGGGAUGGUGGAUGUUCGCGACCUUCUUGAGGUUUUCUCCUCUGCUUCAAUUUUGCUUUGCCGACUUUGGGUUGAUAUUAGAGUCAGUGUAAUCUCAGUUGAUAUUAGUGUAAAUUCAAGGUUUAGCGUUAAAUAAAUUUAAACACAUGUAUAUAUUCUCUAA